AGAUGGAGAGAACAUAUCUCGAGGCAACAUGAAUGAUCAAGAUGAACUCUGACGAAGUCCAAUUCAAAAGCUCACAAGAUUCCGGUCGCCAUUGCUCUCUCUUGAGAGUUUCUCAAGAUUUUGCUCAUUGCCGUCUUCUUCUUCUUCUUCUUCUUCUUUGAUUAAUCAAACCCUACCUACUUUUUUUCCACACACUGACUGAAACCCUAAUGGUCAACGACAUCAUCAACAAUCAAACCAUGAGACCCCAAAUCCUUCCCAACAUCUCCUUCUCCUCCUCAUCAUCAUGGAUCUCCCCAUCCAUCUCCUCCUCCUUCUCCUUCUUCUCCGAGCUCCAUCCAUGGCGGCGCAGAGCGCCUCCUUCUACUACGAGAAGUGCGGCCCCUCCACCUGCGGCAACGUCACCGUCUCCUUCCCCUUCUCCUCCUCCGAUUCCUUCUGCAGCCCUACCAGCUACGAGAUCUAUUGCGAUCACUCCACUUCUAUUCCCUCCCUCACUCUCUCCGGCAUCACCUUCUCCGUCAAAGCAAUCUACUACUCUGAUGGUUUGAUUAGCCUCUCCGACACCGCACUUGUACAAGCCCUUAGCUCCAACAGCUGCUCCAAUCUCAAAUCGCACUUCCUCCCCACCGUCAACUUCACCCCUCUGAAGCUCCCUUACUGGAAGACCACUCUCAAUCUCAGCUUUUGCGAUGGCGCAGUCUCUCCCACCGAAGCCCUGCUUUACGCCCGAUGCGACGGCAAUCAGAGCCUCUACGUCCUUGAAGGGGCUGAGAGUGGGAAUGAAUCUUUACCUUCUUCUUGCUCUCAUGCUGGUUUACCAAUCGAGCAGACCAACCUUGUGAAAGCUAACCUUAGCAAGCUGCAAGAUGUGAACUUUGUGGUGAAGGAGGGGUUUUCUCUUGUGUGGCCCAACUUCACUGAGUGUUGGGACUGUGAGGCUGCUGGCGGUCACUGUGGGUAUAACCGGAGCACAGAACAAGUCUUGUGUUUUUGCAAGGAUGGAGGUGUAGUCAGUGGAGGCCCGUAUGUAUGUGGAGUCAGUGGAGGACCAGCCUCAAACAGGUCCAAUUCAUUGAAGAUCAUUGCAGGCAUUGUGAUCCCCGUUGUUGUCAUUUUUCUGGUAGGACUCAUGGUAUUAUGGAAAUUCAGAGCAAGAGCAAUGUCAGUAUUUCGAAGUUCCAGGAACUUAAGCCUGAGUAGAACUGAUAGUAUUGAUGUUAAGGAGUUUAUUAAGUCUUACCAAUCAACGUUGACUACUAAAUACUCAUAUUCUGAACUCAAGAAAAUGACUGAUGGUUUCAAGCACAAGCUGGGUAGCGGUGGCUACAGUAAUGUCUACAAAGGAAAGCUACCAACCGGCCAGUUCAUUGCUGUGAAGGUCUUGGACAAGUCUAGCCAUAACAGUAGAGAUUUCAUCAAUGAAGUUGCAACAAUUGGCAUGAUUCGCCAUGUACACAUUAUAAAGCUUUUAGGAUACUGUUUUGAUGGUUUGCAUCGAUCUCUGGUCUAUGAAUUCAUGCCACAUGGAUCACUCGGUGAUCUCCUAAGUAAAAAGGAUGAUAAAGCCAAAAUUGGAGAACAAAAAUUGCUCGAAAUCGCCAUCGGUGUUGCUCGAGGCAUAGAGUAUCUUCAUCAGGGAUGUGACAAGAGGAUCUUGCAUCUAGACAUAAAGCCACACAAUGUGUUACUAGACUCCAAUUUCCAUCCCAAAAUUUCCGACUUUGGUUUAGCAAAGUUCCACUCUAAAAAGGACAGCAUUGUGCCGUUGACGGGUGGUGCUCGUGGAACGAUCGGUUACAUUGCUCCUGAGGUGUUCAUGAGAAAUCUUGGAGGUGUUUCACAUAAAUCAGAUGUUUAUAGUUAUGGUAUGUUGUUGCUUGAGAUGAUUGUUGGGAGAAGCAGUUGUAUUUCUGAAAACAUAACAAGGGAGACUGAAGAAGGAGAAGAAAUUUACUUUCCUGACUGGAUAUAUGAACAGAUGAACAAGUGGAAAGACAUGGAACAAAUUGAUGAUGACUCUGUUGUUGAUUUUGAUAUCAGUGUGUCAAGGAAAAUGGUGAUGGUUGGGUUGUGGUGCAUUCAAACAAACCCUGUGGAUCGCCCUUCAAUAAGCACAGUGAUAGAGAUGUUGAAUGGGAGAUUAGAAGCCAUUCAAAUGCCUCCAAAGCCUUUUCUCAUUGCUCCACCAAAGCAAGAGCAAGUAAUGUUCUUUAGUGAUAAAGCUUUUGUUAGUGGUGACUCAACUCGUAUGUCUGGUGGGUUGAGUGAAAUCACUGAAAGAUGAGAGAAGAGGCUUUUGGGGAUUUUCUUUUUUCUUUUUUUUUUUGUAUAAAAAAAAUAACUUUCAACAAAUUUUAUUUUUGUGUACGUAUAGAAAGUACUCAAAAACAACCUGAAUUUUGCGGCCUUUUUUGUUUUGCUGGGCUCUCGCUGCAAGGACAAUAUUAUAAUUAUAUAUAUAUAUAUAUAUAUAAUUAAAAAAUUAUGAUUUUGAAAUGUUAGUUUUGGUUCGGUAUUUGAAAAGUCAAAAGCUUGUUAACGGAUUCGGAUGCGGAUUUUGUAAGACUAGUGAAAGAUCACAGCCAGAUGCAAUAGAACCAAUACGAGCUAUUGGUAGAGCUGACUCAGAAGGUGGCAAGCCUUCAAUAUUAUCAAAACUAUCUGACUCCAAUGGCCCGCUUCGGCGAGUCAAUGCAAGUGCAAAUGAUAUAGCAGGUUGCCAACAAUCUGCUGCUGCUCUGCCUCUUCCCUGUGCCCCUGCAUCUCCUCCGCACAACCCAAUGCUUCAAGUGUCUCAGCCACCCCAUCCACCUUUGCUCCAAGAACCAAGGCCAUUGAGACAUCUGCAGAUGUCUCACAAUCUGUGUUAUCAACCAUCAGCUGUGCAAUCACAUCCUAUUUUUCAGGCAGGAGGUGGUAGAGGAUGAUCACCUUCUUUCCCCCAAGGUUGUCUUGUCCUUGGUCACCAAGCAGGCCACCACACCAACUGCAUGGUUAUAAGGAGUGCACAUAUGAAUGCUGUCUUUGGAGCUCAAGGAGCACCAUGGGCACCCACGCUGCCUCAAAACAGAAUGCCUGCAACUCAGUUGCCAGGGCCACCACCACUGCCUUCUGGACAUAUGGCUCCAGGUUCAGGCAUCAGUAGUGUACCACAAGUACCUACAGUCUUCUUCAUGCUCUCAACUCAUGGUUGCCUAUGAAUCAAGUGAUUUAUUUGGCUGAUGACUUCACUUGUAUUUCUGCAGCUACCACCUGAAAUGGAGGAUGAUUUCCUUGAGGAAUUCAUAAACCUCAAGGAGGAAGAGAUCAAUCUGUUUUUUUGAACUAAGAAACCAGGAAGAACAGCUUCAGGAAAUGCUAAGGGUGAGGCAUCAGUAAUAGUUUGAUCCAAAGCCUGAUAUUCAAACCUAGUUUCAAUAGUUGUUGAAUUUCAGCUUGCAUUUUGUAUCAACAUAGAUUUUCUUAUAUGAUUCAACAACCAUGUUCUGUUCCAACAGUGCCAUAUGUUGCAUUAUCUUUAAACUAGUCUGUGUUUCAGAUCUAGCUAGAAUUGGAGCAUUACUAGUGUCAUCCUCCCUGCACAUAUGAUGAUAUACCUUUGCUUGUUUCUUCUCAUCAUCUCUGAUUGUGUUAUUGAAUAUGAAUGGCAAACUCCAAACCUAAUGGCAGAUAAAUCGAUUCCUAUGAAAGAAAUAAAGAGGAAAGGGAUGCAGGUGCAUGUAUUAAGAAAGCUGCUGAAAGAAACCUUAUUUUCACUUAUAGAUGGGUUCAAUAUUUAUUUUAGGAUUUGAUUAUAUCAUUCACUAGCUGAUUCAUUCUUAUGCUUGUGCUUUUUUGCUUUUACAUCUAGUGGAAUAAUUUCUGUUUAGUGAAAUAGAAUGAGGUAAACC